CUACAGCAGAGUCUCUUGAUACUUUCACUGGCACAAUUCUGACUCAGAAUGAUGAAGUUCACCGCAUCUGCCUUCAUGCUCCUGAUCUGCACAGCUGCACUGCAGUCAACAAAAGAGGGUAGACCUAAACGCACCCCUCUACGCUGUCAGUGCCUUAAAACAUAUUCAGGGAGACCAAUCUCAGGCAAAGUAAUACUGUCAGUGAUGGUGAUUCCUGCUGGACAACUGUGCAAAAAUGAUGAGAUCAUUGCUACACUGAAGAAUGGAAAGACAUGUCUCAAUCCUGCUGACGACUGGGUGAUUUCUCUAAAGGAAAAGUAA